AAACAAUUGAUUGGAGACAAGAAUCAACAAAUAUACCAUGUGGUCUUAGUAUUACUGAAUAUAUGACUGGUGAUUUAUAUACUGGUUACUUGGCUAUAAUUACAAACCAAGAAUAUCGUAACCAUGAAGUUGAUUUCUUGUUUCAAUUUACAUGUAAAACUAAUAAUGAUGUACCGCAUCGGGUACCUGGACAAGUUUUCGAAAGAAAUAUUAAAGUUAAUAGACAAGAUCUACUUGAUGAUUCACCAUGGCCUAAACUUGAUGUUAAAUUUACCGUAAAAGAUGAAAAUGGACAAUCAGUACAAACAAUAUUAGAGCCAACACCAAUCAGAUUUGAAGCUGAAUUGAUUGAUGAAUUAAAUGUUUACAAAGCUAUUACUAUUGAAGAAUGUUAUAUGAUAGACAGGAUAAAAUCUGGUCAAAGAAAUGAAGAUUCAAAGGAAACUCUUUUAUUAUACAAAGGUUGUCCAAUGUUCAAAUCAAAUUUAAACAAUCAAUCAAUAAUUGGAUUUAAUUUUCAAAUGAAUCAAUAUGACAAUGAAAAAGUAUUCAUAUUUCAACCGAAUAAUCAUAAUAAUAAUUUAUAUCAAUUACAAACUGGUUUAUUUCAUCUUUAUUUAAAUAAACAAUCAAUAAUUGAUUUAGAUAUAACACAAUCAAUCAAUAAAACAAUCAAAAUGAUAAAACCAAAUAUGGAAAAAAUCAAUACAAAUAAAAUCAAUAAAAAUGUUACAAUGAUUAAUAAUAAAUCAAUGAAAUUAAUAAAUAAACCAAUGAAUUUAUUGGAUGAUAUAUAUAAAGAAAAAUUAAAUGAAAUUGGAUAUAGAAUACAUGAAUUAAAAUUUACUUGUAUAUUUCGUAUAUGUAAACAAUUAGCAUGGUGUUCAUGGCCUUCUGCAUGUGAUUCAACUAUAUCAAGUUUGAAUAAUCCUCGAAUAACAUUUCUGCCACCAAGUCUACGAAUUAUACAACGUUCCAUACCAUUAUAUUUAAUUGAAAGUAUUCCAAGUAGUCAGUUACCAGUGAAAAAACAAGUUACAUCAAGAAUUUGUGGAGAAUUAUAUUGUUCAAAUACAUUACAUAUAUUAUUAAUGAUGAGUUUAAUUGGUAUAUUAACUUGUUUAAUGGGUUUAAUGGGUAUGUUAUUAGCACGUAAAUAUCGUCAUCAUUUAAAUCAAACAAGAAAUUCAUUAAUACAAUCAAAAUCAAUAACAAUCAAACAAAAUCAUUGUAUAGAAACAGAUAAAAAUUAUUAUAAUCCAAUUAAACAAUCAUCUAUAUCACAAUAUAUAAUUCAUAAACCACAAUGUCAAUCAGAUCAACAAAUAGAUAAUGAAAUAUUCAAAAGUCUUUUAACAGUUGAUAAUCAUAUUACGAAUAAUAAUAAUAAUAAUACUAGUAGUGUUAGUAAUACUAGUAGUAGUAGUAAUAGUAAUAGUAAUAGUAGUAAUAAUAAUAAUCAACCAUAUACAAUGGAUAUUAAAGAUUGUUGUAAAUAUUGGUUAAAUGAACAUUCAUAUGCUAAUCCUUUAUUAUUACAAAGAUCUUUACCUGAUGAUCUAACAUUGCACCAACAUCAUCAUCAUCAUCUUCAUCCUCAACAACAACAACAACAACAACAACAACCUUAUCAGCAACAUCAACUUUAUCAUUCACAAUGUCAACAACAUCAACAACCAUCACAAUAUGAAUUACAACCUUAUCAAAUUUCACCAUCAUCUACAAUGGCUACUCCAAGUCAUUGUUCAUGUUUAAAUGAGACAUUAUUUACUGAUAAUAAAAUAAUACAAAAUUUAUCUAAUUAUUAUACAUUAAAAGGUUAUACUACAUUACCAAUAACUACAUCGAAUACAUUUACAUCAUUUAAAUCAAUAGAAAAUUCUAGACAAAAUGAUGAUUAUCCAUUGUUGAAUAGAACAACAACAGCGUUUAUAUUGGAACCAACACAUACAAUGAUAAGUAGUAUCAAUAGUAGUAAUACUACUACUGCUACUACUACCACUAGCACUAUCACUACUAUUAGUAAUAAUGAUACUCAUAAUUAUGGAAAUAACAAUAAUAUGAGUAUAAGCACUAUGAGCAAUAUUCAUGAAUCCAUUACAUCAUCAUAUUCAACAACAAAUAUCAGUAGUAAUAAUAAUAAUUCAGUAAUAUAUUGUUCAGAUCAAUUAACAGAUUCUUAUCCCCAUUCUUCAAUUCAACUCCAAGAUGAUGUAAUACUAUUUCAAAACAAUAAUAAUAAUAAUAAUAAUUCAACUAAUGAACUAAAUAAUAAUCAAUGGGGUACAAUAAAAAAUGUACAAUUUGUAAAUAAUAAAUCUAAUCAUUUAUCAUUACAAUCUCAAUAUAAAAAAUUAUCUACAUUUGAUGAUACUAUUUAUUUUGGUAUAGAUUAUCAUAAUCCUAAUUGUACAAUAAAUCCAGUAAUAGAAACAAUACAAUUAGAUACAAAUGAAUUACAACAUAAUCAAAUACAAUCACAAUUUAUACAACAAUCAUUGAAAUAAUAAUAAUAAUAAUAAUAAUAAUAA